AAAGAAAAGCAGGUAAUGUGAGGCAGGAGAAGGCGGCAAAAAGAGAGAAAAACAAGAAGAGCCUCUUCCCCUCUUUUCUCACAAAAAAGAACUAAAGUUUCCUUGUGUGGGAAUUGGGUUUUGGCUUGCAUACAUCAUAUAUAGCCACCAUAUAUCACCAAAACAAACAGAAAUUUCUUUUUUCAAACAAAGAUAUACUACUACUACUAGCCUACAAAAGUCUAAAAACACCAUUAUUAUAAUUUUUUGUUACUAGUGCUCAAGUAUAUUAUAUAUAAAACAUUAUGUUUUCCAAAAUAUUUCAAGAGCAAGAAAUCUCUUCCCUCCAUUGAGAGAGUUCCUUCUACACAAGAAACAAAAACUACAAAGAAUAUAACUUCAUUCAAUCAGUUUUUGUUACACUUACAAAGAUGCUUUCUGUUAUAUGCAUUCUCUUGUUUUGUUUGUUAAUCUCUUUUUCCCCACAAAUUACAGUUUCCCUUAAUGUCACACUUCCUCAUCAACAUCCUUACCCUGAAGCUGUGGUUCAACAAGUACAAAGGAAGGUGAACGAAUCGAUAUAUAGGAGGCAACUAUUGGACACCACCAUAAAUGCCCAAUGCCAAACAGGUAACCCAAUUGACGAUUGCUGGCGCUGCGAUCCAAAUUGGUCUAAAAACCGGCAGCGCCUUGCAGAUUGCGCUAUUGGCUUCGGUCAGGGCGCAAUCGGAGGUAAAAACGGCAAAUACUACGUCGUUUCCGAUUCCUCCGACGCCGACGUCGUAAAUCCAUCUCCGGGAACUCUUCGGUACGCCGUAAUCCAGGAAGAACCACUCUGGAUCAUCUUCUCUGGUGACAUGUUCAUAAAAUUGAAACACGAACUCAUUGUUAACAGUUACAAAACCAUCGACGGCCGGGGAGCAAAAGUUCACAUUACCGGCAAUGGAUGUAUAACGUUGCAGUAUAUUAGCAAUGUGAUUAUACACAAUAUUCAUAUUUACAAUUGUCUUCCGUCGGGGAAUACUGAUAUACGGUCGACACCAUCUCAUGUCGGUCACCGGGGUAGAUCGGACGGCGACGGGAUCUCGAUAUUUGGGUCACGGAAUAUAUGGAUUGAUCAUUGUGCUUUAUCGCAUUGUACUGAUGGCUUAAUUGACGCUAUUAUGGGGUCCACUGGUAUUACUAUCUCUAAUAGCUAUUUCACUCACCAUGAUGAAGUUAUGCUAUUGGGACAUGAUGAUAGAUACUCGCCUGACACUGGAAUGCAGGUGACAAUAGCAUUCAAUCAUUUUGGAGUAGGGCUAGUACAAAGAAUGCCAAGGUGUAGAAGAGGAUAUAUACAUGUAGUCAACAAUGAUUUUACUGAAUGGCAAAUGUAUGCAAUUGGAGGAAGUGCUAAUCCUACUAUUAAUAGUCAGGGCAAUCGAUAUACUGCGCCCGUCGAUGCAAAUGCUAAAGAGGUGACAAAGCGCGUGGAUACAGACGAGGAGGAGUGGAGUGGUUGGAACUGGAGAACAGAUGGAGACGUAAUGGUAAAUGGAGCAUUUUUUGUGCCAUCAGGUGAAGGAGGACUUAGCAACCAAUACGCGAAAGCGUCGAGCGUGGAGCCCAAAUCCGCUGUUAUUAUUGAUCAACUUACUCUCAAUGCCGGUGUUUUUGGGGCCCCCAGAGAUAAUAGUAUUAGUAUAUCAUAUGGAGGAGGGACCACCACCGGAGCUAGGGGGAGCGGCGGUGGUGGGUCCACCGGCGCCGGCGAUGAUAGUGACUUCUUUGGAAUGAUAUUUGGGAACGGCGCACCAGAAAAAUUAUCAACAACCGCUUAUACUAUCUUAUUAUCUGUUUUAAUUAUUUUAAUUUUGUACACCAACCAAUUAUUAUUACUCUUACUAUAGCAUUUUUUAUUUUUUUUAAUAGGUGAGAAUAAUAUUAUUAUAAUUAUUCAAGAAAGAAUCAAAAGUGAAUAAGAAAAAAUAUUGCAAUUUGACAAAGAUCACUCUCAAGGGUCCUAAUUUUUCUUUGUACAUAAUUGAUUGAUAGGAAUGUCAAAUAGAGGAAUU